CAUUUUUGAAUUGCUUUGCCAUACGCAUACGCAGACGGAGGCGAAAAUUGCAGCAACAGAAGUGCAAAUAUUUUGACGAUGUAUUCAUCGUAAGUGUUUACGGGUUUACAAGCACGUAUUUGCUAUCGUUAGUUGUUCCAAUAGUAUUGCAUAAAAUGUAUUAAAAAUCAGCGAAAAUAGUUGACUGAUUAAAACAAGAACUCAGGUUUUGUGGCAGUACAGAAGUGAAAGCACAAUCUGGUGCACUGGUUUUGCCAUGAUGGCAGAAACGGAAAAAUAAUUGCUUGGAUUCGGUUUAUUCGCAGCAGGUGGUCGUCUCCGUUAUGUCUAGAACAGAACAUUUCCAGAUACCCGGCUGUGCCAAAGACGAGAAUAUCGUUGCAUCGCUGGUCGAGGUGGAGAAUCCUACUUGGCACAAUUUACUGGCUCCGAGUAAUGGCAACCUUGGUGAAAAAACACCACAACAGGGGGACUGCAGUGCUUCGGAAAGUUUACUUUCCACAGCAUCGACGGAGAUCUUUGGGGAUCCCUCUGGACAGGCUGAUAUUCUGAAUUCUUUGCGACUUGAGAGUGCAGUAAAUUAUGACUCAGGAAAUUUUUCAUUCUCGGAGAGUUCAAAAGGCAAAACAGCUAUCGGUCCGAAUGGACAAGAUUUGCACCAGCGGUUUGUUCAGCUUAACACGGAGCUCUACCACGCUAAAACCGAGCUGUUGACUUAUAAGUACAAAUGGAAUGAGAUUCGACAUGAGGUGGAACUGCAGUGGAACAAAAAGUAUCAGCGAAUCGAAGAUGAGAAGAUCGCUUUGGAGCAGCAGAUUGAAGAGCUGAGGGAACAGCUACAAAAAGUAAUCAAUUUGAAUGGGUCUUCCGAAGUUAGUUCUUAUUUUUUAGAGGUUGCCAACUUCAAAACAGACUUCGAUCAACUCAAGCUUCAACUGGAUUGUAAAGAUCAAGCAAAUCAUAUUUUAAAAAAACAGUUAGCAGAGCAGUAUUGUGACAAAGAGAGGCAGUCGAUUGAGGCUAGAAAAUUGGAGAAGGUGUUAUUGGAGGUACGAAAUGAACUAGCUUCAGCAAGAAAGGCCGAAGAGUGGUUUCGAAAUGAGUUACACGCGUGCCAAAACUCCAACGCCAAACUUAGAGAAAAUAUUUUAUUAUUGGAGAACAAGGCUAUGCAGUAUAAAAAUCGAAACUAUCAGCUUAAAUUUGAUCUACAACAAGCAGCACUUGUUAAAGAAGAUGUACAGCGCAGUGCUUUGAACGAGAAAAAAGAAUUGUUGAGUAAACUGAAAUACUUCGAGUCUUGUAACAAAUUAGAAAAUCGUCCUUUCGUAGUAUUUUGUGAUUAUGACGUAAAGCUGAAGGAAGCCAAUGAUAAAAUAAUAGCCUUAACGGAAGCCAGUAAAAAUUACGACCAUGAGAAAGAGCAACUUGUUUUCAGUAUCAAGGUGCUUAACAACACGCUCUCCAAUCAGGACAUAUUAGCCCAAACGUACAAAACCAAGGAAGCACAAGCCACGUCGACUAUCGCUGCUCUGCAAGGAAAAAUAUCCCGUUUAAAUGCAGAAAACAAGCAACUGCAGUAUAAGAACGAUAAACUUCAAGCUGCGAUAGCGAGGCAUGGUUAUACGAACAGAGAUCUAGAUGUCAGCAUAGGUCAUUUACGAGCACAACUGAAAGUUUUGUCGAUAAACUUCGAGAGCACACGACAAGCGCUCAGUGUAAAGGAAUGCGAAGUGAAAAACUCACAGCAGGAAAAACACGCACUCCAGGAACGUUAUCAGCACCAGUUGGAAGCGUGUCGAACGGAUUUGGAGGCCCGACUAAAAAUGAGUCAAUCGCAGGCAGCAAAGCGAUACGAGUUGCUUCUGGACAAUUUUCGAAAGAUUCAAUCUAAAAAUUUAGAUUUGGAGAUUAAACUAGGUCACUAUACGGAUCACAGCGAAAAGUUUCAAAAAAGUGAAAAAUUGGUGAAGCAACUCAAACAGGAUAUUGAGGAGCUGCAGGAUAAGGUUGUGCAAGAUGCUCAAGCAGUUGUUGCAAAGAUGACUCCGAAGGAGGGUAGAACGGUAAAAAAGAGCAUUUGUGCCAAGCAUGGUUUUCCCAUUCCCGAAGAUGAUUCUAAAAAUCUGAAAAUCCUCCUUAAGGUGAUUGAAAGCGAACAUAGGCACAAACUGAAGCGAUAUGAGCUAAAUAAUAGAACUCUGUUGAAAAAGGUGAAGGAGCAUAAUCAUGCCAGAAAACUAGCUGAGCAAAAAGUGGAAUCAUUACAACGUGAUGUUGCCAGUAUCCAUUCUCUGCAGUGCGAUUUUGCUCGAUUACGAGAGAAAAACCUGCUCCUAGAAGCAGAUCUAGAAUCAUCCCGACAGGAGUGUUCUGUUUUGCAAAACGACAAGUGUGGCUUAUUGGACACUUUGGAAAACAACUGUCUACUGAAAGCGGAUGAAGACAUCUGGAGUUCUAUUCGGCGCAUUUCUGCUGAGUUGCGAGAUUGGCAGCAUGUUCGGAAAGAAAACCAACGUUUAAAAGAAUUGCUACGUGUUAGCGAAUCAAAAAUUAAUCAACUAGAGGAAGAACUAAAAGUAUCACUAUCCUCACUGGAAGAAAAGAGUACAGUUAUUGAGAAAUUAAAACUUGCCACUGAGCUGCAACUUGCGGAGAGUGGCGAGAUUCGUUCCGCUUUGACUGUAAAAUCUAUUCAGCUAGAAGAUACUCAUCGAGUGAUUGAUGAUUUGAGCAGUGAACGAAAUUCAUUGCAAGAUACCCUAGGUGGCAAACAGUUGAACGAAGAAAAGCUGCUGGAAGAAAUUAAUUCACUUCACAAGCAAUUGAAGUUGCGAGAUGUUCAAUUGGAAACGGCAUGCAAAAGAAUUAACCUGUACGAGGAGUCUGAGAAGACAUUGAUACAGUCCAUGCAUAAAUUCUUUAAAAAUCUCCAAAUCCUUCGAGAGGAGAUAGUGGCUGAGAAGCAAGAAAAGCAAGAGCUGCAAGUAACAGUGAGGCUGUUGAAAGAAAGCCUAAAUCAAUUUGGUUUACGUGAAGUGAAGAACUGCCAAACCAACAGUCAACCGGAUAGCACCAACACAUCGAUUCCGAGCUUGGAUUCCAGCCAAGGUAACCAGCAGCAGUCGGAGCGGCCAGAUCUACUACAGUUGAACUCGUCAGCCCUUGUUGAUGUCGGUUUCAAUGAAGAAACCUUACAAACUCUGCUAGCCGAAUGUUACCACCGUGAUCACAGUCUCCGUCCACUGCAAGAAAGUAUCGCUUCAUUACGGACGGAGAUGAACAAUUUGAAUGCGAUCGUAUGGCAAAGUGGCAAUCUACGGUACCCGGCGAUUUCUCUCAUGGAGGAACUGCAGGAUGCGACCAAUGGCGCUUACAAUUGUAGAUGAGUAUGACCUAGACAAUAGUACAACUUUUUGCGCUUACACCAUUCAUUUGCAUACUUUCAACUAGAGUGAAAGUUAUGAAUAAUUGAAGUGAGCCCAGCGAUAACAAGGCAACUGACAGCGCGAGAGGCGCAGCUGCAAGUUUUUCCUCUAAUGCUUGUGCCACACUUAAAGUACUUUAAUGUAAACAUCUUUUUAGUUAGGUUUUCCUUGGUCUUACUAGGUCUUACUUGUGAAAUCUCUUUUUUUAUUGUUUUUGUCAUUGUCUGAUAUAUGUCGUUUUCGUUUUUGCGGUGUAGCUACCCCGCGGACUACACUUUGUCCUAUCACUGUUUUUUUUACAUUUUCCGGACUAUCCCGGACUACCCUUUUUCUGUCCCGGACAGUCCGCGCAAGAAACAGAGUGCAGUUUUGAAGACACCAACACAUUCACACGUAUGUGUCAAAAUAAAAAAAAAAUGUGUCAAAAUCGGUUUGCUUUGAUUAUCGUUCUUCGCGUGUCAAACAUCAGGUUGAAUUUUAUUUAUUUUAUUUUGUUAUUUGGUAAUUUUUCAUUAAAUUGGCAAAUUUUACGUACAGUAGCACAAAUGCGAUAAAAGACAAUGGCGGUAAUGACCGAAACAAAAGUGACAGUUACCUCUGGUAUUACAACUGCUCGGAAAGUGUUUUUUUUUUCAGCUGCAAAGCGAAGUCCGGGACGGGAUAGUCCUGCCGUAAAAACGAAUUCGACAAUAGUUUCAUGCAGAUUCUUAUGUUUAACAUUGUAAUUGUCAAUUUGACAUUGACGUAUUUUCUUUUGAAAAUAAUCGAAAUUUGCGAUUAGGUUCACAAUUCACAAACAUAAUUUUUCAUCAGUAUGUUUGCUGUUUAGGGCUAAAAUAAAUCAAAAUUUGUUUAAACUGCAUUAAUAAUCUCACAAUAUUCCGAAAAUUUUGAAAGUGGAGUGAGUUAUAGGUUUGUUCCAUCAUCACCUUAUAUUCUUAGGAUUUAUAAUAGGAAUGCAGUAGCAACUAUUUCUGUUUGAAAUUGGCUACCCAAAUUUUAUUAACAGAAUAUUGAACCUCUCUUUACCAUGGUUAUUCUAGAGCACCGUUGGUUUGGAUGCAAAAUGCCUUUAAAAAUAUUUGCAUAUCCUACUCAAAACGCAUAAAUAUGUUCUUCAAUCAGUAUGUCGUUCAAGAAUAUAUUUAUGUAUUUUGAGUAGGAUAGGCAAAUAUUUCGAAAGACUUUUAGCAUCCUCACCUGUGGUGCCCUAGAAAUGCAUAAAUAUGUUCUUCAAUCAGUAUGUCGUUCAAGAAUAUAUUUAUGUAUUUUGAGUAGGAUAGGCAAAUAUUUCGAAAGACUUUUAGCAUCCAAACCGUGGUAAAGAGAAGGUUAAAUUACUCAAGUUUCCGCUUAAUUUAUAGUCUGGUUUCGCGAAAUUUUAGCUCUAGUCCUUUCGUUCGUAAAUAUCUUUGAAUUAAUUGAGAAGAUCUCUGAUAGUAAUAACACACUACAAAUAAGUACGUGGAAAAUAGAUAUUUUUGAAUAACAAUUUUAAGACACUAAUUGGUUUUUGUUUUGAGAUAGCAUGUUAACUUUUCAUAAAACUUCGGUAAUGAUCUUAUAUAAGUUUCUUUUUUAAAUACUGACGAUCAUGUUUUCAAAAUUUUUAAUUACCCCAAUGAGCCUUUUAAAUUGUCUUUUGAAGUGAUAGUUGUUCAAUUUAGUGUGUGCACUGUGUUCAAGCUUAACCUACAUCCGAUUUAUCAACACUUGCAUUGAAAACUGCAGCUGUGUGCCUCGUUAUAAUAAAAUAUACCGUUUAGAUUUUAGUAAGAAAUGCUCAAUAAGACAGUAACAUGUUGGUUUACAAAGUGUAAUUACAAUUUAAAUAGAAUGGUAUAAUCCUGUUCAAUAGAAAUGCACACGGUUAGCGUACACCCAAAAACAAGUAAACGCAUUCGUUCAUUAACAUAUUUGUCACCGAUUAAAGUUGAUAUUAUAGCACAUCAAAAUGUAUAAGGAAGAAAUUCAACAUCAGAAAAAGGGAAAGGACUACAAUUCAUUAAAUAGAACACCGACCUCAAAUGUUUCAAUAUUAAUUAUGAUUAAACUAAUUAUGUUUUUAUAUAGCUAAUGAGCUGAUCGAGAACACUUUAUAUAUAACAAUAAUUCUAAAUGAUUUUUCGAUCGAUUAACUACACUGCCAAGUUACCCCGGCACAAUUCAAAAGUCAUCCUUUCGCCGGCUUUCGUGCUAGGCAUUUUUCUUGCAUAUGCAACAGUUCCUUAAUUUCGUUUACUUUACAGUAUACUUAUCGAAUACGAAGUAUUUUUCAACCAGCCAAUCUACAUCGAAUUUAUUGUUAUUUGUCUAUUUAUUUAGCUUGAGUUAAAUAGCUUCUAUUGUCUGUGAUCACUAGGUUUCUAGGAGAUCUAUUUAAUGUAUCUCGAGAUUGGGUAUAGCAGAAUUCCAAAUAUGUAUACAGGUUUACAUGCAUUAACUAGAACGCUAGUAGUAUGUCUAGAAAGCAGCCGAUUUUGUGUUAUGUAAUUUUCAUUUCAGUCUAUCAAUUCUAACUGCUUCUAGAGAUUUAGGCAUAUUUAUAUUAAUUUGAAGACAGAACGGUGAAUUACUUUAAGAACAUAAAAAAUCAAUGGUUGUUCGACUAAGAAAAAGAGUGUAACCUAUUUAUUCAUAUUUAUUCGCAUGGACUUUGUUUUAAAUAUUACAUUGUACGAGAAAUCUGUAUAAUCUGGAAACGUUUCAAAUAAAAAAAAUCGAAUUCUAA